UCAGGUUCCGGGGCGCCGCGGAGCUCUCCGGGUUCCGGAGCCGCGCGCCCUGCGGCGGCCGGGAUGGAGGAAGCUGGAGCGGCGGUGACCGCGGCCGGGGAGGCCGAGCUGAACUUGUCCCGCCUCAGUGUGUCCCCCGAGACGCUGGAGUCGGAGCUGGAGUUGCGAGGCGAGGAGCGGCGCGGCGCGCGGGAGGCGCUGCUGCGGCUGCUGCUGCCGCACAACCGUCUGGUGUCGCUGCCGCGGGCCCUGGGUAGCGGCUUCCCGCACCUCCAGCUGUUGGACGUGAGCGGCAACGCGUUGACGGCGCUCGGGCCCGAGCUGCUGGCGCUGCGCUGCUUGCGCACGCUGCUGGCCAAGAACAACCGGCUCGGCGGGCCCGGCGCGCUGCCCAAGGGUCUGGCCCAGUCGCCUCUUUCUCGCAGCCUUCAAGUGCUCAACCUCAGCGGGAACUGCUUCCAAGUGGUGCCCGCCUCGGUGCUGGAGCUCCGCGCGCUGCAGACCCUCAGCCUGGGGGGCAACCAGCUGCAGACCAUCCCGGCCGAGAUCGAGAACUUGCGGAGUUUAGAGUGUUUAUAUCUUGGAGGAAACUUCAUCAAAGAAAUUCCACCAGAAUUAGCAAAUCUGCCUUCUCUAAAUUACUUGGUAUUAUGUGACAACAGAAUCCAAAGUGUGCCGCCUCAGCUUUCACAGUUGCAUUCACUUCGAUCCCUCAGUCUUCACAAUAAUUUGCUGACAUACCUGCCUCGAGAGAUCCUCAACCUUAUUCAUUUGGAAGAAUUGAGUUUGCGAGGAAAUCCGUUGGUUGUUCGUUUUGUUAGAGAUUUAACCUACGACCCUCCAACUCUCCUGGAAUUAGCUGCACGGACCAUUAAAAUUAGAAAUAUUUCCUACACUCCCUGUGAUCUUCCUGGGAAUCUUCUUAGAUACUUGAGUUUAGCCAGCAAUUGCCCAAACCCAAAGUGUGGAGGAGUCUACUUUGACUGCUGUGUCAGACAGAUAAAAUUUGUGGACUUCUGUGGGAAGUACCGCCUACCCCUGAUGCACUACCUGUGUUCGCCAGAGUGCUCUUCACCAUGCAGCUCCGCCUCUCACAGCUCCACGUCCCAGAGCGAGUCUGACUCGGAGGAUGAAAUUAGUGUUGCCGCACACAGGAUGCAGAAAGUUCUUCUUGGUUGAAAAGAGUGCGGGGUGGAGUGAAGCACUAAAAGACUGAGUGAGAAAAGAUGGUUAGAAAAGAAAAUAGACUAUGAAGUUCACUGGAAACAUUAUCUUCCAUUUUGAAUGUCAAUGAAAGAGUCAAAGAUGAUGUAAAAGAUUUUAUGUUUCAUCCACCCAUUCAGCAGGAAUGAAUCCAGUUCCAUGUUUGGAUUUUUUUAAAUGUAAUUCACUCUGAAUAGCAGUUUCAAAUGUGGCUGCUUGUUUGCACUUUUCACUCAAGUUUUGUGUAACUCCCUCAGCAGGCUAGAACAUUCUGAGGAGCAGUGCUGUGAUACACCAUGAGUGGUGACAGUUGAGAUGAAGAAAGAAAUGGUCAAAGCUGUACUUAUUCCCAGAGUUGUCCUUGGGUGUAGGUUGAACACUGUACCAUAAUAGGACUACCCUUCCUUUCAUCUGUUGCCAUAUGUCUAAAUUACAGAGCUAUUCAGAUGAGCUCACAGAUGGUUACAUAGGACCUAAACCUUUCUGACCUACUAACUGGUAAAGUAAGGGAUAUAACUUCAUGUGGUGUUUUAAACUGUUCAGUUCUGCUCCUUUAUUUUAUGUGAUUAUUGUUACCCUUAGGUAACCCAGCAAUGACUGUUAUAGUGCCUUAAGUUCUAGCUAGGAUUUAGAACUGUAUUCAAGAAAUGGUACCAGAGCAGCCUGUAGCUGUCAUACUAUGCAGAACACUUUGAAUUAUGCUUCAACAGACCUAGGUAAACAGCUGUAUAUCUGACAUCUGGGCUCAUGGCCACCUUAACUUCAUUUUUGUUUAAACACAAAGUAAUCCCCUAGAAAGUCACUUUCACAUGUAAUGGGAGGCCACAGUCUUGAUCAGUUGUUCAUUGGAGAAUAAAAGAGUUUUUGAUUGAAAAAUUGGUCAGAUUUAUUUUGACAGAAAAGAGAUGUAAGCCAGAAAGGCUGCUUUAUAUCUUGCUUUAAAGGAAUGAGAAAAUGACUUAAAAUGUUAACAGUCAGGUAUGACACCAUUGCCUGUGUGUACAGAAAUGUAACUUUCUCUACAUUUUAAAGAGACACUAGAAAAACUUGACAAUAACUAAAUGAAAUUGGGGGCAAAAGUCAUUGUGUUUGUACACACUAGAACAAUUUUCAAAACCAGUUUAACCAUGAAAUAUAUUUUGAAAAUAAUGUAUUGAUAACAUACAAAUAUUAAAGUAUUGCAGAAAAAUGCUUUCACAGAUUAUUUGCUAAUGACCAGAUUUUUAUUAACUAGCUUAAUAUGCAAUAAAAAUUGAAUAAUGGUCCAAUUAUAAGCUGAUACUAUAAAAUAAAAUGCAAACACAUACUAGCAAUCUUAGAUCAUUAACCUAUAAUAGCAUGAUGGUUUGUUGGUAAGUGUUACCUGUGCAAUAAUACACAGGUCAGAAGUGCGUUGGAACAGAAGACAGUCUCCCUGCUGGCAUUCAUGAAUGGGCACAUCAUUUCUUAAAACACAUUGUUUUAGAAUAAUAAUAAUAAUGUUAUAUGCAUUAGCUUUCUGUCAUAUAUAUUAUUUUUUAUUUCAGAAGAACAUAUACUUUAGGAUAGUGAAGGGUUUGUUUAUUAUAUGUUAAUUCAUGAAACAUGAGAGUUUCAUGACUGCAGUUGUGAAACGCUGCUAUAAAGUAAAUCCCUUUCCCUUUUUAUAAUGUAAGAUACUUUUUUCCUUUUGAUUCGGAAAUUUUCUAUCUCUGUGGAAGUAAUCUAGUAUAUAUCUACUGCCUAGCAAAGUAGUACAUGGGUGAGUAUAUCUUACAAUGGAAGUAAUAAAGAAUUUUUUUUUACUUCUCCAUUUGAGCCACAGCAAGCUACAUACCACAAAGUUAUGAAUGGUAAAGAUGGCUUAGGCAGUACAUGAGUAGCAAGCUUAACAUGUUGUGUAAAUGACUUAGUUUAAAUACAUAAAAUAUUUUCAUAGAAAAUAAUGUAUUCAUAGUAAGAUACUCAAUAGGACCAAAUUUUCUGGCUUAAAUGCUUCAAUUUACUUUCAAAUUCAUUACCAGCUUGACCUAAGUAACAGCUUGAGUAAUCUUCUAAGAGUUAAUCUUUGUAAAAUAAGUGGGUAGGUAUGUAAAUAUGGUAAUUAACCUUACAUACCUCUUUCCAGCUUCCCAGAAAGAAGAUAUACUGAUUGAGCUUUUACACAUGUAAAUAGGUCUAACCAGAAACAGUUUCUAGCCUUUGCUAUAUAAUGUACAUACCAUUCAGCAAAAUAUCUUUCAGCAAAAUGUUUGCUAUGGUUCUCUGUAUAUUUGAAAACCUAUGAUCAGUAUCCAGCUGUUUGGUGACUUUUACUGAAAUCUGCAUUAUAGCUUUUAGUUUUAACUAUAGCUGUUAAGUUUACCUUUUAACCUUUUACAAGAGCUGCUAAUAAUUUUUAAGAUUUUCCGUUUGUUUGCUUGUUUUCCUCCACCUUCCCUUUUUUCGUAACUGGUGACUGUAGAAAUUAAACCAGAAAGUGAGAUAUAAGGGACUUGAUAUUCCAGAAACCAGAUAAUCAGCUCCCGAAUCAUAUAGCUGACUAUGUAUUUAAAAUGAUAGUCUAUAUCUCUAGUUAAAUCACAUAUCUGUGGUUAAACUAUAGUUAAUAAACUUUAACUACAUUUUUUGAGAUUUAUAGAAUCUGCACUAAUUUUCAUAAUGAAAUAAGUAUUUUUAUCUCCACUUGGAUAAUUUUGUGACCAACACUUAUGUGGAUAAAACUACUUAACCAAAUCAUUAAUGUGUUUGGAAUGAAAUUCUUAAGAGUUAAUAUUUGAAAUUGAAAUGGAUACGUUGGACGUUCUUAGUAAUCUUUAUUCCUAGAAUAAAGACACAGUUCUCAGUGUCUCCAAAUUGAGUUGUGAAAUAGUCCUAGGGUUUUAGGAAAUAGGACGAUUAGCUAAUACAGUAUUUUGCUUUCAUGGUGCCAGAGAGUGGCUGACCUAAGGACAAGCUAGUCAGGGUUCUCAGUAUUCCCUGUAUUUGAGUAGUGGAGGUAGAGCUAAGGGUUACCAUUCAUAUUUUACUUCUUGAAUGUGUGCCAGAAGAGUCUCUUAUUCUAACAUUCUUGAUACCUGGAACUUUAAGCUACAAAAUUUUUUAAAGAUUUGCAUUGUAAAUUAUACCUCAAAUUUGAGAAAUUUUUGUAUUGAUGUAAAUAAAAGUUAAAGGCAAUUUACACUAGUGCAGUGUAAUACUGCAGACCAAUUCCACCAAACAUUGUAAAUAUCAAUUUUAAACAAAAGAUGAGAAGGAAAAGGCUCAUUGCAGGAGUGUAAAAUGAAAGGAAUCUUUUAAAGCAACACAGGGCAAGGAAAUAGAAGUCACCAGGGAUAUCCCUGAGCAAAGAAAGUUCUUUAAAGUAAUAGUGAAUUGUUUUAAAAUUAAGUGCCCCCCUGGCUACAAUCUGAAAGCCUUUCUCAUUGAUUUCUUUAGUUUCUGCUAUUAGGAUAUUUUCCACAUUCCUCCGUAAUGAAGGGCCUGCAAAUAAUAGGAUUUUCUUAUAGCCAAUCCAGCGAGGGAGAAAGUAAUACCCCAUUAACCUGGAAUUUGUGGUACAGUCUUGGUUAAUGUUUACCUUUUUACUAUGUAAAAAAAAACCACAAAACAUAAUUACUGCAAAUAAAGUUUGAUCUUUUAAAGCAUUUUAUAUAACAAGCUAUUCUAAAUAAUAAGACUAGGCAAAACUAUAUCAGUUAUAGUAUGUGUAUAUGAAAUUAUUUAACCUGCAUUUAUUUAGAAAUACCUAAUUUUUACCUAAAUGACUCCCUUCUUAUCCAAAACAGAGAUUUUUAAUAUGGCAGUAUAGAUACUACUCCCCAUUUAGUCCAAAAUAGUGAGCUGGGCGUUUAACAAAAGUAAAGGCUAUUGUAUAGGUUGUUCGGCAGCAUGCUCUGCAGUACAUAGUUCUGAUGUCCUCUCUAUAGAAAAGAAGUGCUUGGCCUCCACUGUAUCUGUAUUAAGCACUAUACUCUCUAACAUUAAUGGGAUGUAUUUAAUAGCGUGCAAUUUUGUAUUUUCAUUAGAGUCAUGAUCGUUUCAAAGGAAGCAGUGUCUUCAUUUGUGCUCAGAAGUGUGUGCCUUAAAUCCUCCACUCUUUACCCAGAGUUUGGGGAAUUAUGUCAUUUAAUAAGAUUUUUGUGACAGUCUUGUCAUCCUUUGCAUCUGACUGAGGAAGAAACACUAUGAUCCUAAGGGAUUCCUAAAUAAGACCUCAUAUCUGAGCCUAGGGCUUCUGGAGAGAAAAUCCCAAGCCUGCAUCCUCUCAGAAGGUCAAAGCUAUAAGGAUAGAGUAUCCUGAAAUAAAAUCAGUAAAGAGGUAUGUUCUUUUUAAUAUUAUUUCAUAAAAAAAAUGUAUCUGCUACCACUAAGGGGUGAUAGCAGUUCCUAACCAAGUUCAUAAUUAAUAACAUCAUAGAAAGAUUACUGCCAUGAGGCCUAGCAUAUUUUGUGAGUGGCUUCUCUAUAGUACUAGGUUGAAGGGAGUGUUUUAAUAUUUUUGCAUGUAAAUAUCUUCAUUCUUUUUCUCUCUCCUUGGCCCAUAUUUGCCAAGAAUUAUGUAGAAAAUAAUAGUUCACUAACAACACACAUUGCAUAUAAUUUAACAUUUUCAGGGUAAUAUUGAUUUGGGUGCUACUAGGCUUAUCUAGUAUUGAUCUGUCUCAGUUUAUCACCAGAGACAGUAUUCAAUCUUGUAAAUAUUAAAAUGUAUUUAAUUUAAUGAAGGUUUUUUAUAUCAUACCAGAAAGCAUGGUUCCUAGAGAGACUGUCUGCAUUCACCAGAACUACUACUGGUUGUGAAUAAAUUGAAUAAAAUCCUUUUAUUCUAAAUAAUAGUCAAGGAAACAAACUAGGAUAAGAUUGACAUCUCUAUUGCUGAUACUACAAAAAAACAUUACCAAAUUGGUUAAUACUUCUGUCUGAAAAUUAUGUUUUAAGAGAAUCCUUUCACUAACUUAAAUGGUUGAUACUGAUGUAUUAUUGGGAAAGAAUAUUAAACUCUGUGGUCACUUUAUACAACCAUUGUGGAGAGACCUGUGUGCCUACAGUUAAUGUUUUGCAUUUCUGAGCCCACUUUGUAUUCAUGAGAAACAAAAGCAUAAUGGGAGAAAUAUUUUAAAUAAUCAGUAUUUUAACUUUUUAUGAAGUUUGGGACUUUAAAGUAUAAACAGAAUGUUGAAAAUACAUAUACUUUAGUCAAGUUAUUUUUAUCUGAUUUUUAAAUUUUUCUG